AUGAGUACAGCCUUCCAGCAACGACUUUUUAACAUUUCUGAGGCUUUGGUCACAAAUGAAGUGGUGGCUCUGAAGUUCCUCAGCCUGGAUCACAUCCCCAUGAGGAAGCUGGAGGACGUGGGGAACGCACAGGACUUCCUGGAGGUGCUGCAGGAGAGAGGCAUGAUGGAGGCGGGGGACCUGUCCUUCCUGAAGGAGCUGCUCUACCACAUCAGCCGCAUGGACCUGCUGGCCGCCCAGCUGGGCUCCAGCCGCGAGGAGAUGGAGCAGGAGCUGCGGCUGCCGGGCCGGGCGCGGGUCUCAGCCUACAGGCAACUGCUAUAUCGAAUUGCAGAGGACUUGACUCCAAAAGAUGUCCAGAAUGUGAAGUUCCUGCUCCGAGAACGAAUACCAAAGAACAAGCUCCAGGAAAAUGCU